CGGUCUGAUUUGCAUACACCGGCGGAGGGCGGGCUUUGCAGUGAUGUCUCUCGGUCGGGCGGUGUGUGUGGUGUCCGGGGCCUCCCGGGGGUUCGGGCUGGCGGUAUGCAGGGAGCUGUCCGGUCGGGUGUCCCCGGGCUCGGCGCUGCUCCUGGUGUCCCGCUCGGAGGAGGCUCUGCGGCGGGAGGCGGAGGGGCUGGCGGAGCGCUGUCCGGGGCUCGGGGUCCGCUGGGUGACCGCAGAUCUGAGCACCGAGGAGGGGCUGAGGAGGACGGUAACCGCGGCCGAGGAGAUGGGGGAGGACCGGGGAACGGAGACUCUGAUCAUCAUCAACAACGCCGGGUCCCUGGGAGACAUCAGUAAGUCCUUCUCUGACAUGACCGAUAUGGGGGAGGUGAACCAGUACUUGUCCCUCAACGUGUCCUCUGCCCUGUGCCUCACCUCCUCCCUGCUGAGGACCUUCCCCCGGCGCCCAGGACUGCGGCGUGUAGUGGUCAAUGUGUCCUCCCUGGCGGCCAUUAAGCCGUUCAAGUCCUGGACUCUGUACUGUGCAGGGAAAGCUGCGAGGGACAUGAUGUUCAGGGUCCUGGCCGAGGAGGAUGCAGACGUGCGGGUGCUCAGCUAUGGACCAGGACCCAUGGACACCGAGAUGCAGGAGCAGGCCAGGACCCGCAUGGCGGACACCGAGCUACGGCUGCAGUUUAUUAACAUGAAGAACCAGGGCAAGUUAGUGGACGUAGAGGUGUCCGCACGGAAGAUGCUGGACGUUAUCCACAGCGACACCUUCAAGUCCGGGGACCACGUGGAUUUUUAUGACUGAUCACUAUCAUAUCCUGAUCCCGAUACAGUUCCCGGCCCUUGUCAAUCAUUUUCCCCCGGCCCUUGUCAAUCAUUUUCCCCCGGCCCUUGUCAAUCAUUUUCCCCCGGCCCUUGUCAAUCAUUUUCCCCCGGCCCUUGUCAAUCAUUUUCCCCCGGCCCUUGUCAAUCAUUUUCCCCCGGCCCUUGUCAAUCAUUUUCCCCCGG